UGGGCGAUUUUGGGCGGGAUUUGGGUCACUGGGGGUGGGUCAUAGGGUGGGCCCCCCCCCCCCCCCCCCAGGUGCUGCUGGAGAACGGGACCCGCGCCGGGCACCAGGCGCUGAUGGAGGCGCGGGAGGAGCUGCUGCAGGGACCUGACGCUGACACCGUGGAGAUCUUUGCCCCAUGUCCCCACCGCCUGCCCUGUCCCCGCCUGAGCCAGGGUCGGGCCUGCGCCUUCGCCCAGAGCUUCUGGCCCCUGCCGCUGUCAGGGAACCCCCCAGCCCCUGAGCGGGAGCUGGUGUCCUUCCUGGUGGUGCGGAGGCUCGGGAGUGCCAUGGCAUCAUCAGAGGACCCUGUGACGUCAUCACCGGACCCUGUGAUGUCAUCACCAGACCCGAUGACGUCACCGCCGGGGGGCUGGGCCCGCGUGACCGCCCCUGUCCGCCCCCGCCCUCGCCACGUCCCCCUGUCCCUCUGCUGCCCGGACGGGGCCCAGCGGCGCCUGGUGGUGACGGCGGCCCGGCAUGGCCGGUCACUCUACCGCCAGGCCCGCGCCAGUCGCUGGGGCGACCUUCUGCCCUUCCCCGGCGAGGGGGUAGCAGCCAAGGGCAAGGGAGAAGGGCGGUGACGACAUCCUGGUGAGUGACAUCAUCCUGCGUGACGUCACCCCCCCAAUGGAAACG